AUGCGCGCCACGGUAGAGCCCAUCUGGCUGUGUGACCGGCCGUCCAGGGAAUUUCGCUGGAGAGACCAGUCUACCGUUGCACCGACUAUCCGGGUGGAGGCGCUCGCCAAGGCCGAGCAGCCAGUCCGAAUGGAUGCUAGCGAGGGCGAAUCCAGCGGGGAUGAUGGCGGCUGGAAGGCGUUGACUGGUGUUGACCUGGCGGAUGGUUCAGGGAAGUUGGGGUCGGGUGAGCAGAGCACCGCAGUGGGAAGCAGCCCCGUCGUGGCGUCGCCCGUCAAAAGAGACACCCCGGUUAGGACAAAGGGCCGGGUCGGUCGCUUCCUUACACCCGCUGAAAUUACACUUGCAUUAUCGAGAGGAAGAUACGAGCCAAUAUUCAAUAUAAUGAUUACGAGGGACAGUCCUGUCAUCAAUCUGAAGCACGACAAUGAUUGA